CAGCGUGAGCCAGCGAUGCGCUCCUCCCUGCAGAAGCGUCUUUCUUCACAUUGAAGUUUUCACAUGCUACACUGGAGUGCAAUUCCCAGGCCACGUUUUUCAGUGCCCACGGAACAUGCCCAGCCACAGUUCUGGGCCUUGUCGCAGCGCCCCCUGGUGGCAAACAAGAAGGACGGCUCCCGCGGACCCCAAGUCCCUGGAGGGUUCGAAACUGUUGAAACUGUUGGGAAUGAUACCAAUUCCAUCCUUGGCCCGGGGGGCCCUCUCGAGCAAUCCGCCCUUUCUGGGCCAUGGAGAAGGCAUUCAGAAAAAGCAAAAAUGAAAGACGAGGCAGGCUAAAGCUCAAGCCUUCUGUACACAAUCUGAGCAAAACAAAGCAGACCAAGCUCACUGUGGGCAGCCUGGGAUUAGGCUUGAUCAUCAUCCAGCAUGGGCCCUAUCUCCAGAUUACCCACCUCAUCAAGAAGGGGGCUGCAGCCAGAGAUGGGAAACUCCAGCCAGGUGAUGUUCUGAUUAGUGUUGGUUAUGCCAAUGUGCUAGGUUACACGCUUCGGGAAUUUUUAAAGCUUCUGCAACACAUCACCAUAGGAACAGUGCUACAAAUUAAGGUUUAUCGAGAUUUCAUUGACAUACCCCAAGAAUGGCAAGAAAUAUAUGAUUUAAUUCCUGAGAUACAAUUCCCAGUAACAUUUGGGACACCAAAGAACACUGAGGAGGAAGAGGAUUCUGUUACCAGCAGUGAUGACAAUGAAGAUGUAGUUUUAGACAAAAGAUUUAAAUACAGAUAUCCUGCAAGGAUACCAGUAUCCAUUUCCAGAAAGUGGCAAGAUAUUAAAAAUAAGGACCACACUAUUCAUGCUGAAAAAGACCUGAACUUCAUGACUCACAGAGAGCAGAAGAAAGAGAGAGCCCCUUCUCCGCCCUGGACAAUGUGGAAGCGAGACAAUGAUAGCUCCUCUUCCUCGGAUUCCUCUACUUCAGACGCAUUUUGGCCAGAAGACUGGGCCCAAGUUGAGAAGGGCAAAGGUCAACCAGUAUCAAAAGUUGGCUAAGCAGCGCUUUGCCAAUCUGUGGUCACACAAGCAUUAAUCUUGAAAACACCCACUUUUUGUUCUUCACUAGGUACAGCUUUGCAGGAAUUCUUACAGAGUAAGUAUAAAUCUAUCAAUUCUCUUCUAAGCUUUAGAGACAUUCAGUGUGAUGGUAAAAAUUUCCCUGGGGUCUCACAAAUCUUCAAUAUGGUAGCAAUAAAAGAGUAUCAUUAUUCAGAUCAUCAAGGCCCUUUCAGAGAAUUUCUCACCUUUUACAAAAUGCAGUACAAGAACCCAGUAUCUGAAUGUCUGAACACAAUAGAGAAACUUACUGUGUGAGGUAAAUACCAGUCUUACUUAGAUAUUUGUCUUUUUUGUAAAACGUCGAUGUCCUACUUAAAAGACAAAACAAGAGGUGGGGUAUGUUGGUGCACACAUCUAUAGUCCCAGCUACUCAGCAGACUGAGGCAGAAAAGAUCACAAGUUUGGGGCCAGCCUGGGCAAUUUGGCAAGAUCCUGUCUCAAAAGAUAAAAAGGCUGGGAAAUGUAACUCAGGAAGAUCACCUCUAGGAUUAAAGGGUUCACAACGGGCUGUCAUUUGUAUGCCCUCACUGCUGAGUAGUUUGAACCACCAGUGGUACAAGCAUGACUGUCUCGCUGGAUGGCUUUUUAUUAGUAAAAAGACCAGUAUGAGUGAUUGGUACUACCAGCGGCACAAGCUGUUGGAUGGGACAGUCAUGUACAUUAUCACAAAGGCUCAAACUGGCAGGAACACGUUAAAAACAGAAAGUUCUUUACUUUGAAUAUUGGGCUUACACGGUUAAUUAUGUGAAACCUACAGGAUUAAAACAGGUAAAUAAAGAUAGUACAGAAAAAAAGCUGCCAUAGUGAAGACAGACAUAAAAUUAAGCAAAUGAAGUAAUAGGAAUAAGGGUAUGAUGCAUAAUGAAUUUAUCAGAAAUAACUUUACUACAAAAAACGCAAAAAGGGGAUAAAAACCAGACCACUUAACUGCUGUCACCUGAAAUGACAGUCUUAACCUGCUUUUAUCCUAGAAGUAUGGAAAUUUUUAUUAUGAUAUGCUUAGCUUUAAUAUUCUCUGGUGUAUCUUAAUUGAUGGUGGAUUUAUUCAAUUAUUUUGUCCCUGUCUUCUUUAAAGUUUCUAAAACAAAAGACUCAGCAUGUAAUAAAUACUUAACUAGGAAAAAAUGCAUGAAAAACAUGUAAGCAGAAUGUUUUAUUGAUUCUCGGUCAGCUGGGAAUAAUUACCUGCAUUAAGAUACUUUGCCUAAUGAGAAAAAAGAAACAUUAUAUUAUAGACUUCAGACUUUGAUGUAUUUGCUGCUCUGGGCCGAGAAAAUGUCCAGCUCUUCUGCAGUACUUGCUUUAAUAUUACAACUCGUCAACAAAA